CGCGUGCAGCGGCGCGCGGUGUGCGCGCGGCGCGGCCAUGCCGGGCAGGAAGUCUUCCAAGGAGAAGAAGCGGCGCCGCUCGCGUUCCUGCUGCCCGGAGGGAGCCCCGGGGCCGGAGGGCAGCGACAGGAAGCGGCGGAGCACCGAGUCCAGCCACGGUGCCCUGGAGGAAACAAAAUGCAAUGUACUCUGCGGAGAAAAAGUGGAAGAAGCUGAACAACCCAGUGAUAUAGAAGAAGGAGGAUUAGAUCUCACUGUGUCGCUCAAACCUGUCAGUUUCUACAUUGGGGACAAAAAGGAGAUGCUUCAACAGUGUUUCUGUAUCAUAGGGGAAAAGAAACUACAGAAGAUGCUGCCUGAUACUUUAAAGAGUUGUUCCAUGGAUGAAAUCAAAAGACUUUGCAUGGAGCAGUUGGAGCUGUUAUCUGAAAAAAAACUGUUGAAGAUACUUGAAGGCAAGAUUGGAGCUGAUUCUGAUACUGACGAGGAGGCAGAUGGAGGAGACAAGACUGGAGGUGAUUCAGUCAGUCAACAGGACAACAGUAUAGACUCAACUUCUUCUCUGAGAGAAGACAGCAAGCUGGAAGGUCAGGAAUCAAAACAAGGCAAGGGAGAAGAUAGUGAUGUCCUCAGCAUAAAUGCAGAUGCAUAUGAUAGUGACAUAGAAGGCCCAUGCAAUGAAGAGGAUGGCCCAGAUGUGCAAGAGAGCACUGUCAGAAGUGGAGCUGGUCAGAUAGAUGACCUUCAGAAGGACAUUGAGAAGAGUGUGAAUGAGAUACUGGGGUUGGCAGAGUCCAGCCCACAGGAGCCCAAAGCAGCAACCUUAGUUGUUCCUCCAUCAGAAGAUGUUCAGCCAUCAGCACAACAGCUGGAGCUUUUGGAACUCGAGAUGAGGGCCAGAGCUAUUAAGGCUCUGAUGAAAGCUGGUGAUGUAAAAAAACAUCCCUGAGACUCUUCUGAUUUCAUUUUCACUCUGUUU